GUCCUUGUUAUCGGAGAUUGUCGCCCGGAACAGAGGGACCUGAUAAUGGGAUGAUGCUGAAAGAGAAUGCUGGACGAGAAGGGGUUGGUGAAAGGGCAGUGCAAUGAGAAUAACGGAGGAAUGCGACAAAGACACCACUGGGGGUUGAGACACCUGCCGAUGGGCUCCUGGCGGUCUCAGGCCAGGCCGGGCAUUGUACGGAAGGUGCCCUUUGUUGGCUGGAGUUUGUCGCCUUCCCCUGGGCGUGACGCACCUUUCAUGCCAACAAAGUUCUCUGUCGGUAAAUGCCCUUUACUGUUCGACAAGUGCCUUGUUCGGUCGGGUGGGAGUGAUGGUCUGGUCUACAAGGAUAAAUAGAGGGUCUUUCCCUGGAGAUGCCUACAUCUUCCUGACAGCACUGUCAUUGCUAGUGGCAUCUUUCAUUCAAUUCACUCCUACUAUCACUUGGUAAGGUCUUGCUUGAGCGUUCCUUCAAGAGUAACUUACCGGCAUGUCCAGUGAAAUGACCGCAAAGAGAACGUCUGACCAAGCUGGCCUUGGGGACGAAGCGAAACGGGCCCCCAAGCGGGCAGCGAAAGUGGCGACCCCCAUUCACGAGGAAGAUGGCAACCCUGACAUCCCCGACUUCCCACACCCGGAUGCUGUGGCUGGGGGCACUCCGACAGACGAUCCGGUCUCCUUUGACGAGAACGUCUGGGGGGGCAUAUUGAGACAGCAUGAUCUUAUGGACGAGCCCGAAGGCUGGUCCCUGCGAGACGCCAUACUUGAAUGCCCCGAGAAGGAAUUGCGUCAACUCUUUGGCAACAACUGUAAUGCUGUGGACAUCGUAAGGGCAAUACUUCCGCCUGAAAUCGAUCCCUCCACGGACCCUGCAGCGGGUGAAGGCGCACCGGGGGUUGAGGGUGCGGGAACAGAUGCAUAUGGGGAAGAGGGGCCUGGAGAGGACCCAAAUCGCGAAGACGAUGAAGAAACCGCAGCCAACACCAAGAAGAAACGGGGUCGCCCUAAGCUCAAGGGCUCCAAGGGCGCCAGGAGAGUCGGCCGUCCAAGGCAUUCCCCCAAUUGCUAUACAGAACAGGUGCGCGCGAAAUACCGUCAGAAGAGCAAGUCGAAUCGAACGCACAAUGCCUGUGACCGUUGCAAGGCCCGGAGGGGGACUUGCGACAAAAAGUCCGAGCGCUGCAACGCAUGUGAAGUAGUCAAUCAGGCAUGUGUGAUGACCGAUCCCAAUACACUCGAGACUUGGCCUCGUGGAGCCUGCCGGAAAUUCUUUCGACGGAUUUUGGUCCUGAUCAAGCAGAUGAAUCAAAUCCAAGAUGCAUACGAUGGAUCGCGAAGCAAGGUGCAGAUGCUCGAAAAACGACUCAUAGAACUUGAUCAUACUUCACCGGCUUACUAUCCGGGGACCCCCGUCCAGAACCAUCCCCUUUCAGCGUCUCGCCGCCAUUACAGGGCUGUCCCUCGAAGCCCUUAUCCCACGAUGCAGCAUAGUGGCCCCUUCAAUUACGUCUCAGCACCACCCGCCCCCCAGGAUAUACCGCAGCCGCACCAGUGGGACCACUACAGAUUUACCAAUAUUGCGCCGCAGCAGCCGCAGCCCGCUGGCUAUAAUCCACAACAAGAACAAAGCCCUGGCCAGCGAGCAACCCAGCGUGACCCGAGCUCUUCAAGCCGGAACUCCCGGUCUAUCCCAUCUCAGCCGCCGCAACCGCGACGACAGCCACAGCCACAGCAGCAGCAACAACCACAACCACCACCACCACAGCAAGGUCAAUCUCCAUCCCAAUACCCUAACCACCGUCGGUCCUCAUCCCAAGCCACCAGCGCUGGCAUCGACUUCAAUGAACUUGCGAUGAAUUCCAUCGCCGCACCAAACUUCAUGCCCAUGAACAGCGGCACCGCACCACAUAUGUUCUUCCCGCCCUCGCUGUACCCAACACCGGGGAUUUCGCUUGGACCCUAUGACCCCCUGGUCUCGUCUCAGAAUGAUAUAGAUCAAUUAAUUGGUUACUCUCAUCUCCAUCCAGGGGAUAGCUUUGAAUCCUAUACGAAUUUCGAAGUACCUGGUGUCGACAGUGCGUUCGACCCAAAUCCUAUGCCAGCUAUACAGGGCGGCACGACAGCACCGACUCCCAGGUAUCCGAACGGAUCUACCAGUCAACACUCUAAUCAUGGCGCAGUAUCCAGGCUCCCGACAGUAUAUCGAGUCAAUGAUGCUGACGAUGUCGAUAAUGCUGACGAUGUCGAUAAUGCUGACGAUGUCGAUAAUGCUGACGAUGUCGAUAAUGCUGACGAUGUCAAUGAGGAGAUCAAAUGUGAACCUGCUGACGAUGGGUUGGUGCUUGUAGAUGCAGAACAAGCCAUACCUGAUGGAUCGGGUGGCGAAUAGAGAGAUGUUGCUUUUUUUUGCUCUGUAUAAUUCAGAAUGGGGUCUUUUCCAAUUCAGACUUGGAUGGUUGGAUUUGGAGUGGUUGUAUCUCAAUUAACAUGUUUUGUCUUACCCCUUUUUUCUUCAU